UUUAAGAAAGCCAGCUGCUGUCUCCUGCUCCUGCAGUUCUGGUCACAAACUUAACUUCUGGUGCAUGCAAAAUUCUACUUCACUAACCUGAAAUGGAUAACGCAGGAUUUGAAAUGAAUGAAGAAACACCUCAAAGUCCCACAGCCAAAUCAGGGAGGACAAAACAAGAACACCCAAAAAAGAGCCACUGGUCCCUGCUCAACAUCUUUCUGGUUUGCCUCUUGGCCUGCACGGUAACCACAGUGUUAGGGGUGCUGAUUUUGUCCCUGGUGUAUACUACCAACACUGGUUUCGAACCAAAACAGGAAGCAAACACUGAAAAGCGUGGAGUAGCAUCCCAGGAAACGCCAAGAAGGCCUCCAUACCAAACCCAGGUGGACCCCAUGUUCCAGUUUCUCCACCAGCUUGCUAAAUCCAAGAAACACCAAUUCCCAGGCGGUACUAUUCAGUGGUCAAGAUUCCGUAAAAAUGCCAAUGAAUACCAGAACAAGGAAGAGAUGGCAUUUGGAAGAAGCAUCAAUGCUCAGCGCUCCAAGAUGACAUUUGGAACUUUACUGAUCAAGAGCAAAGGAUUACGUGCUCCACACUGGCAUUUCAACGCCAAUGAGCAUGGCUACCUUUUAAAGGGCACUGCAUGGAUUGGGGUUGUUGAUGCCGGUGGAAACACAGUAACGACAUACAAUGUCACAGCGGGCCAGAUCAUUUUCUUCCCUCGGAACACAGUGCAUUGGCUCAAGAAUGUUGGUGCAGAAGACUGUUUGUUCUUGCUGUUCUUCACAACCCACGAAGAGCUUCAGACACUGGAUAUGGAUGAUGUGUUUUUCUCAACACCCGAAGACAUAGCAGCGAGAUCAUUAAAGCCUCAAGGUGGAGUGGACUUCAUCAGAACAUUCCAGAAACAAGCAGAAGACCAGGCUAUCAACCUUCCACCCAACUUAGCAGAGCUUGUUCAGAGCGCCAAUUAUGAGCAGUCUGCAGACGCACUUGUGUGGCGGUACUUCUUUAACCUCAAAGGGUCAACUGAGUUCCGCUUCCCAGGGGGCAUAAUCCAGUGGGCUCGGUAUGUAAAAGACGGGAAAGGCUUGAAACCUAAUGAAAGAAUUUACAGUGACUUUCUCCAUUCGAAGGAAGAUACUCUUACCUUGGGCACGCUCAGGAUCUAUAGCAAUGGCCUACGGCAGCCCCACUUUCAUUUCAAUGCCAAUGAGAUGGGAUAUGUCAUCAGUGGGUGCGGAAAGGUGGGUGUUAUUGUUUCACCUGCACUCACUACUGACUUCACCAUUGGCGUUGGAGAUGUUGUGUUUUUCCCAGUUGGAACCCAACACUACAUCAAGAGCACGUGUGAUGAGGAUCUGCUUUUCAUUUUAGCAUUCAGCACUGGGGACCAGCUACAAACUCUUGAUAUGGAUGACUAUUUCCAUGCCACAGCAGACCAUAUACUAGCCCAACUUUUCUUCAAAAAACAAGAGGAGUUUAAGAAGAUUCCAAGGUUUAAUGAGGACCAGGCAAUUAAUCUACCUGAGCAACUGCAACAACACCAAAAGUCCACAUGAAAUCACUUGUUGUUAAUAACGUUAAUGCUGCAUUGGAAGAGUUUUUCAAGUUGUAUACUUCUUUAUAAAGUAAAA